AUGUUUGUCAAGCUAAAAUAUAAUCGAGCUAAAUAUGCAAUGGCAAGAAGCCAGAAUCCAGAUAUUUUCAGACCAUUCCAAUUCCCCAUAGAGUCUCCGCCAUCUAAUAGUAGUCGAAAACGAAAGCGAAAAAGUCAGCCCAAAGUGAAAAAAGAGUCAAAUCAAACACCCCCACCAUUAGCUCAUAAUGCUGAAUCUUCUUUGAAUGUGCAAAAUUUCCAGCAAAGUAAAGAUACUUUGCUGAAACUCCCCAACACACAUUAUCUGACCAUCCCAUUAGAGGAAUACUCGUCAACACCAUUCACUUCUAGUCAGAAACCUGCAAAACCAAUCUCCAAUUACCAACACCAAUUCCAAAUAGUUUCACCUAGUCCGCAACCAGCAAUACAUACUGCGAGUCCCACCCCAACCCCUUCAAAUUCAGCACCAGAUGUUGUACCAGGUUCAGCACAAGAUUCUGCACGAGAUUCUGCACGAGAUUCUGCACGAGAUUCUGCACCAAGUUCUGCUUCAGUUCUUGCUUCCGUUAAAGUUCCUGAUACAACUCCUGCUUAUACAACUUCACCGAUUCUGACUCCAAAGCCUACAAAGAUUGUUAAAUUCAACUAUAAUACAUCGACUAACCAGAUGCAAAGAUCUCAAAAGUCUUACAAUCAUACAAUAAAGCUACCGAGUGAUACGUACCAAAAAUUGAAUUCAACCAUACUUAGCAAUACCCCGUCUCCGGUAAAAUCUAAGACAUUAUCUUCAAAGAAUUUAGCACUGGAAAGUAUCCGAGCAUCUAAUUUCCAAGGAGAGCAAAGUCCCACAGCCACGCUGCCGUCCACAUUCACCAGCCCUCCUAUUAACACUACUACCGCUGAUACUGCCACUACCACCGCUGAUACUCCCUUUUUUGCCACUUCAUCAACUGAUACCACUACAAAGUCACCCACAAAAGUAUGGAAUGAUAAUAACAAGGUUGAUCUAGAGUCCCGAGAAAGUUCUGAUGCUAAUGUAUAUGCUGUUUUGGGAGCACAACUCAUUGGUGAACAAGAUCAGGAAACUAUCAAGAGUCUAGAAGGACAGACUCAGAGCGAAUUUCGCAACACUAGUAAUACUCAAUUGGGUUUUGAGUCGGAUGCACAACCGAAACUCGAAAACAACACAAAUUCAGAAUCAACAAGACAACUACUGCUCUCAACACUGGUAUCCCCAUCGCCAACGGUAGUCAACCCCGAUAUUAAUGACGUAAACAAUAAGAAUAAUAAGAAUGAUAAUGAUGGUGGUGACGAUGUUGCAGCAGGUCCAAACACAAGUACUGCUGAUAACUCACCAGUGGUAACAAUUAACGCACCAGUACCACAGAGACCAGUUCCGACUGUACAAGCUUCUACCGCUGACUCCAAUUAUUUAUCGUCGAGUUCAUCGCGCGCAUCUCUCUCAGCUUCAACAAGCCCAACCAGUACUCCAUUGCCGGUACCCUCAUCAAUGCACACUAGUCGACAUUCGUUAGAGCCAAACUUUCAACAGACUCCUCAACAGACUCCUCAACAGACCCCAAAGCCUACAUCGGAACAUACAUUGGAAUCUACAUCGGAAUUUUCACCGCAGUUACGUCCUAAAUCCUCAACUCCAUCGUGUGAGAAUGCAUUGGAUGAGAUGUUCAAAUACUCUGGCUUUAUCAAGGAAGCAGUUGGAGCUAGGAAGGGCAAUUCCAAUAAAAGUGGUUCUGAACGAAGCAGUAGAAAUUCGGGACGAAUUGGCUGCAAUAAAGAUUGUCAACCGUUGGUGGGAGGCACUACACCCCGUUAUGAUAUCACAGCUCGUGGUAAUGUUGGUAGAGAUCAAGAUCGUCUCCUGUCUUUAAUGCAAAUUGAUGUUGAUUGGCUCAAGGAUACAAUCACUGUUGCAAACAGAUUGAGCUUCUUGAAGGAUGUUUACAAGACAAUUCAAAGCGUGAAAAGACAAAAGACAAAAGAGAAAUAG